GUUAUUUUCCAAGUAAAGUAGACGAAUAUUACCUAAAAAUAAAUUAGUUUAAGUUCAAAUGACUCUUUAGUGCCCUGGUUCAAAUAAUUGAUAUCGUUUGGCAUGCACUUUCACCAAACCUAUGAGAUUCUUGAUCAUUAAACUGAUUUAAGUAUUCGGGCUUGAUUUCUUUGGCUGGCACGUCACACGUGACUGUACCGGCUGUACCCAAUAUUCUUCAAGAUACGAAGAUACCAAGGUUCUUCAAGACUGUACCCACAGUUUUCUCAGACACGAUCGUGUCGUGGUCUUUCAUCGGGUCUCGCCGAACUAAUUAGCCACGAUGGUGGUGCGUUCGUACGACGAGGAGCUUAAGUACUUGGAGCGCCUGACACCGCACAGCUGGCGCAUCAAGAAGGGCUUCCAGCCGAACAUGAACGUGGAGGGUGUGUUCUACGUGAACUCGCAGCUCGAGCGGCUGAUGCUGGAUGAGCUGCGCAACUCGUGCCGGCCCGGCGACGUCGGCGGCUUCCUGCCCGGCGUGAAACAGAUCGCCAACGUGGCGGCGCUGCCUGGCAUCGUGGGACGGUCCGUCGGACUGCCGGACGUGCACGCCGGAUACGGGUUCGCCAUCGGCAACAUGGCCGCGUUCGACAUGUCCAACCCCGAGUCGGUGGUGUCUCCGGGCGGCGUCGGCUUCGACAUCAACUGCGGUGUGCGACUGCUGCGCACCAACCUCAGCUACAAGGACGUGCAGCCCAUCCAGGAACAACUGGCGCAGAGCAUGUUUGACCACAUUCCAGUUGGCGUGGGCAGCAAGGGCAUCAUCCCGAUGAACGCCCAGGACUUGGAAGAGGCUCUGGAAAUGGGCAUGGACUGGUCCCUACGGCAGGGUUACGUAUGGGCCGAGGAUAAGGAGCAUUGUGAGGAGUUUGGGCGGAUGCUGAACGCCGAUCCGUCCAGAGUCAGCACGCGCGCCAAAAAACGCGGCCUCCCUCAGCUCGGCACCCUGGGUGCCGGUAAUCACUACGCCGAGAUCCAGGUGGUGGACGAGAUCUACGACCCGUGGGCGGCCAGCAAGAUGGGCGUCGAGUUCAAGGGUCAGGUGUGCGUGAUGAUCCACAGCGGCAGCCGCGGCUUCGGCCACCAGGUAGCCACCGAUGCGCUGGUUCAGAUGGAGAAGGCCAUGAAGCGGGACAAGAUUGACACCAACGACCGCCAGCUGGCAUGCGCGCGUAUCAGCUCCAAGGAGGGCCAGGACUACCUCAAAGGCAUGUCGUGCGCGGCCAACUUCGCCUGGGUCAACCGCAGCUCCAUGACAUUCCUCUGCAGACAGGCGUUCGCGAAGCAGUUCAACAUGGCUCCCGACGACCUGGACAUGCACGUCAUAUACGACGUCUCGCACAACAUCGCCAAGGUAGAGGAGCACUUCAUCGACGGCAAGCAGAAGACGCUGCUCGUACAUAGGAAGGGCUCGACGCGGGCGUUCCCGCCCCACCACCCGCUCAUCCCAGUUGACUACCAGCUGACUGGCCAGCCGGUGCUGAUCGGAGGAACCAUGGGCACCUGCAGUUACGUGCUGACGGGCACCGAGCGGGGCAUGCUGGAGACUUUCGGAUCGACCUGCCACGGCGCGGGGCGAGCCAUGUCUCGGGCCAAGUCGCGUCGCAACCUCGACUACCAGCAGGUGCUCUCCAAAAUGAACGACCUGGGCAUCUCAGUACGAGUAGCCUCGCCCAAACUCGUCAUGGAGGAGGCGCCCGAGUCUUACAAGAACGUCACAGACGUGGUAGACACUUGCCACGCGGCCGGUAUUAGUAAAAAGUGCAUCAAGCUGAAGCCGAUCGCCGUCAUUAAGGGCUGAUGGCGCAGAGGGCGCUGAGUGCGCUGUUCGGGGCUGUGUUCCACCGGCGGGACGUCUGUCGAUGGGCGCCACGGUGGAAUACUGCCCAAGUUCUGUGAUCGAGACUGGAUGCUGGCGCGGGCGCCAACUGUCCCAGGAUCUGCAGUGCGGUAUAUUGUGGCUGCAGUGUGUGUGCUUUGUGUUCUCUCAGCCUUCCAUAAGGUUAAAGUCGUCACCAUUGGCAACGAUGGCCUAUUGUGUGGUGUAACCAUGGCUCUAGGACACACCGAUCUUGAUAUACCGAUGCAACGUACUGUGAAGGUGAUAAUAUUGCACUAAUUGUUGUUUUUGUUGUGCUCUUUGGUUCCCGGCAUAUGCAAACGCUCCUCUAUAAUACAUAUACCUCAGAGCGGUC